CUAUCAAAACAAUACAAAUACCUCUCGUUGAAAAGCCUAUUCAACUACUACGCUCACAAUAUCUAUUUUGUUUCUCCCUCUCUGUCGUUUUACUCAUGGAUAAACAAGGCCGUGAAUUGGUGUUCUUCCACUCCGGUGACUUUCUCCGGCAAAACCCAGGUGUUUCCGAUCACACAAAUGACAGUUCGAGUGAUCAUACCAAGCCCAUAAUCAAAGAAGUUGACUUCUUCUCUACUGAUAGGACUAGCGAAUUGCCAGGUACUGAUCAAGAGAAGAAGAUUAGUACUACUGGAUCAUCAAGUCUAGUUGAUUCUAGCAUAAACACCGGAUUGAAUCUGUUAACUUCAAGUUCCGGGAUUUCAAUAAUAGCAAAUGUCAAGAACCCCGAUAAUAAUGAACUGAGUGGACUACAAGGAGAGUUAGAGAGACUGCAUGAUGAGAAUAAGAAGCUGAGAAGCUUGUUGGAUCAGAUUACCAAAAGUUACAGGGACCUGCAAGCCCAAUUAAUCAUGGCAACGCAAAAACAGACACAAGGGAAUCGGAUAGAGCAGAAAGGGGAGCUAAAUGACACACCAGGUUCCAUAAUGUCAGCUCAACAUUUAAUGGACCCACGGCCACGGCCACCAGUCACUUUAGAUGUCAAUGAUCCUUCGGUAUCCGACGACAAGACGCAAGAAGUGUUGGUCUCUUCAACAAAUACAGUGGGAACGAAGUCUCAAAUGCUAGGGAAACGAGCUUCGAUUGAGGAUGGCCUUGAUCAAACAUCCCAGAGCUGGGGAUCCUCUAAAAGUCCAAAACGAGAACAUGAGAAGCCUGAUGAGCAAAUACCAGAGGUGCCUUUCAGGAAGGCUAGAGUGUCCGUUCGAGCAAGAUCGGAUGCUCCUUUGAUAAGCGAUGGGUGCCAGUGGAGGAAGUAUGGUCAAAAGAUGGCCAAAGGUAACCCUUGUCCCCGCGCCUACUAUCGUUGCACCAUGGCUGUUGGAUGCCCAGUCCGCAAGCAGGUGCAAAGAUGUGCAGAAGACAAGACCAUUCUCAUUACGACAUAUGAAGGGAACCACAACCACCCUCUUCCCCCAGCAGCUACAGCUAUGGCAAGUACUACCUCAGCUGCAGCAGCGAUGCUCCUAUCAGGUUCAACCACUAGCAAAGAAGGCCUGUCCUCAAGUAGUAGCUUCUACCCUUCUUUUCCCUACGCAUCAACAAUGGCUACCCUAUCUGCUUCUGCACCAUUUCCCACUAUAACCCUGGACUUGACACAAGGCCCAAACACUACAAUGCCAUUUCACCGCACCUCUCCUUCUCCAGCCACUUUCCCUCUUCCUCUACAUGGCUUCCCACAACUCCUAGGGCACCCGAUGUAUGCCUCUCCUAAGUUACCUGCAAUUCCAUCCGUGCAAUUAGGGCAGCGGCAUGCUUCAAUGGUUGAGACAGUUACCGCAGCCAUUGCUUCUGACCCAAACUUCACAGCAGCCUUAGCAGCAGCUAUCUCAACAUUUAUGGGUACACCAAGGAGCAGUGAUGGAGCUAACAACCAUAAUGCACCUAGUGGAAUACCUGGAUCUCCACAGCUUCCUCAAUCUUGCACAACCUUUUCCACCAACUAGGGUUACCACCGUCUGCGGCUAUGGCCUUCAAUAAGGUGCAUGCCCUAGUCUGUUAUUUCACUUUUUCCCAAAAUCUUAGGAGUUAUGCUCGGCUUUUGAGAGGAUUGAAGAAACAGUGAGAUGUUAAAAUUAAGAAGCUUCAAGUCAUGGGUUGUCCAACAAAUUACUAAGAAUGAUGUUUUCCAGCAACCUUGGAUGUGCAUUUUGAGAAGCUUCUAGCUUUGGUUUUGAGGUAUCGCUGAUUCAGCUUGUUUGGAGUGUUGUUAUGAUCAAUUAGUACUUUAUUGUUACUACAAGUUGGGCUUAUAGAUAAAUUUUGACAAAUACAGAUAAGCUGAAAAAGGAGAUAAAUUAAAAUAGGAUAUAUAUAUAUAUUAUUUGUGUAAAGUAAUCUAUACCUUGAUUAAUCUAUUAAUUGUCGGUGGAGAUAAAUUUUUAGAGUGUUGUUACUUGGAGUUGUGAGCUUUGAAAAGCUUAGAGUGGGGUGUAAGAAUGAAUUUGUGUACAUGAUGUGAAUGUGAUGUAUUUGAAGAUUAGUACAAAAUAUUUUUAUGAUUAUGUACAGAAACAAAGCUCAAUGAAGAUUAAAAUACAGCUUAUGAUGGA